AUGGCAAAGUUCUUGAUUCUUAAUCCAGAUCCAAAGGCAUUGGACAAAGUGCUUCAAAAAGCCAACACCCAGAAUCAAAAGAAUGGACCAUUCGAUGCGAUCAUCUUACUCGGUGAUGUUAUACCGCCAGUCAUAGAGGAACUUCCGAAGACCAAACUUGAAGUACCUACAUAUUUUACUAGUGGUUCUUCUUCCUUCUCUGAUAUUGUUACCGAACAUAGCAAUGAGAGGGAGCCAUUUGCGGAAAUCAUACCUAAUUUAAUAGCAUCAACUGACUGUUAUUCAUUUCUCAAACUUCAAACUGGAAUAACGAUUUGUAUCGUUAACGGACAAUACGAAUCCGAAGACAGCGAAAUAGUUGCUAGUCUCAAGAAACGAGACACAGUUGAUUGUGACAUUUUAGUCACGUAUAAUUGGCCAAACGCCAUAGCAGAUCAUCAACAAAGAUUGGGGCUUGGAAGUAGUAAAGUUGACGAGAUAGUCAAACUUAUUCGGCCGAGGUACCACUUUUGCGUUGGGGAUAACGAUGGAGAGUUCUUGGAACUUCAACCUUUUGUAUGGGAAGAUUCAAGUUAUACAAGAUUCAUAAGUCUUGGACAAGAAGGUAGUGGCAAGAAAUGGUUUUAUGCCUUUAACCUUAGUCCUGAGGUUACAAGCAUUGAACCUCUGCAAAUCAUAGAGAAUCCAUUCUUUGACAAACCACAAUUAGAGUUACAAGGUGAGUUGAAACCUAUUUCAACUAAAAGACAACUAGAGCCAAAGGAAAAAACUGAAACGAAGAAGAGAAAAAUUGUCACUCCAGAUCAAUGUUAUUUCUGUUUGUCCAAUCCUAAGGUCGAAACUCAUAUGAUCAUAUCCAUCGGAGGAAAUUGCUAUAUGACAGUAGCAAAAGGACCUUUGACCAAAUCCAGUAACAAAUUACCAUUUUCAGGGCAUGCCUUGAUAAUCCCAAUAGAUCAUACACCUUCUUUAAAGCAAUUGACAGGCCCAGAUUCAACAAUUGAAGAUAACAAAGUGUACCAGGAGAUGAUCAAGUAUGAAACAAGUUUAGUGGAGGCAUUCAAAGACAAGUACCCAAAUUAUAGAUUAAUAUUCUUUGAAAUCUCUCGACUGGACAACAUCCACCACUGCGUUCAAUUCCUUCCAGUACCAGAAUCAAUAAUAUCUAGGUUUUCCCAAGUUUUAGAAGAGAAAUCAAGGAUCAAUAAUGAAACAUACACAAAGAAUGAGUCAUUGGAAUUCAAGGAGUUCGAAUCAACGGAAGAUGAAGCGUAUUCAAAGAUCAUUAAUGAAUCCGACUACCUACUGUUCAAAGUCUAUUAUAAUGAAAAUGCUACUAUUAACAAAAGAAUAUAUAUAGCACCACUUUCUUCCCAAGGAGAGUCUACUGUUGAUCUUCAAUUCCCCAGGCGAGUGUUGGCCUAUCUCCUCCUGAAACCAAAUAGGGUAUAUUGGGAGAAAUGUCGUCAACCAGUGUAUCGAGAGACUCAUGAAUGUGAAAAGUUCAAGGAAUUUUUUCACCCAUUCGACUUCACUAUGUCUUAG